AUGUCGGUGCCCGACGCAGAUAUAUUCCCCUAUGCCACUGGUGACGCUGCACUCACCGUCAAGGAACAUAGUUCCCCUCAGGACUUGGUCUUUUGGGCCGGAUGGUUCUGUCCUUUUGUGCAGAGGAGCUGGAUAACUCUCGAAGAGAAGGGAAUUCCGUACCAGUACAAAGAAGUCAAUCCCUACGAGAAGGACAAGCACUUCCUCGAAAUCAAUCCAAAGGGUCUCAUACCAGCUGUUGAAUACCAGGGACGUCCUCUGUACGAGUCACUCAUAAUCUGCGAAUUUUUAGAAGACGCCUACCCACAUCACACCCCUCUCCUCCCGAGCGACCCUUUUACUCUUGCCGAGGCUCGCCUUUGGAUCGAUCAUGUCAGCAAAACCAUUGUUCCCGGUUUUUUUCGCGUUGUGAUGGCACAAGAGAAAGAUAAACAGGAGAAUGCGUUAGAAGAGCUGAAGACGGCCUUGAGGGCGUUUACGGACAAGGUGAAAGGCCCCUAUUUUCUUGGCGAUCAGUGGAGUUUGGUGGAUUCUUCCAUAGCGCCGUGGGUUGUUCGCGAUAAUGUUGCGAGGGACCAUAGAGGUUACAGGAGAGAGGAUGUUAGUGAGAAGUGGAAGAAAUAUGCUGAGCAGUUGGAAACGAGGAAGAGUGUAUUGUCAACCACGAGCGAGGAAUGUCAUUACGAGAAGAUUGUUAGUCGCUAUUUACGCAACGAAGCCCAGAGUGAGACUGCGAAGGCCACUCGUGAUGGAAGACCCAUUCCGUGA